GCAUGCGCGCUGUGCUGUCGCUACCAUGGAGGUGUUUGUGAGCGCGCCGGGCUUCAGCUGCUCCACCUGCACGGUUCCGACCGGCUCUCUGGUCCGAGACGUCCUGGACCGGUUCACCCAGAGACAGGGAGUUUCUUCUUCUGAGGAUUUCUACGUGGUGAGAAAUGGCCGUCUGUCUCAGCUGGAGGAUCCUCUGCAGCGCGGCGCCGUCUAUCACCUGCAGCUCCGCCUCCGUGGAGGGAAAGGAGGGUUCGGCUCCAUGCUGCGAGCUCUGGGCGCUCAGAUCGAGAAGACCACGAACCGCGAGGCCUGCAGAGACCUGAGCGGCCGCCGGCUCCGAGACGUCAACCACGAGAAAGAGAUGGCGGAGUGGCUGAAGAAGCAGACGGAGCGCGAGGCGGAGAAGGAGCAGCGUCGUCUGGAGCGGCUUCAGAGGAAACUGUCUGAACCCAGACACCAGUUCACCGACCCGGAGUACCAGAGGCAGUGUCACGACCUGUCGGAGCGGCUGGAGGACUCGGUGAUGAAGGGUCUGCAGGCGUCCUCCAGCAGUCAGGUGAAGGUGGACGACGUCUCUGCAGCCAAGAGACCAAACUCUGAUCAGAGCGAGCAGCCGCAGAAAAAGAAGCAGAAGAAGAAGAACGCAGCAGCAGCAGCGUGUUUCUGGACGGGGGUCGGCGAGAUGCUGAGCUCAGAAGAGGAGGAGGAGGAGGGUCCAUCCAGCAGCAGCAGCUCCAGCUGUGGAGCUGCUGUUACCAUGACGACACAGAAAGAGGAGGAGCCUGAGCAGAGCAGCAGCUCGUCAGACGCCUCCUCAACCCACCAGACCAGCAGACCUGCAGGGGGUCAGGGUCCCACAGAAACUCCCAGAGACCAGACUAGCAGACCUGCAGAGGGUCAGGGUCCUACAGAAACUCCCAGAGACCAGAUCAGCAGACCUGCAGAGGGUCAGGGUCCCACAGAAACCCCCAGAGUCCAGACUGUCAGACCCACAGAGGACCAGGGUCCAGACCAGAGUUUGUCUCAGCAGCAGGGUCGGUCCACGGUGGAUCUGUCCUCGCUGUCCUCCGUAGACCAGCUGGAGUCUCUGGGUCUGGACGUCCUGAAGGAGGAACUGAUGUCUCGGGGGUUGAAGUGCGGGGGGACGCUGAAGGAGCGCGCACAGCGACUGUUCUCCGUCAGAGGACUGACUCCGGACCAGAUCGACCCGGCGCUGCUCGCCAAACCGGCCAAGAGCAAGAGGAAGUGAAGAGGUCGGAGGUCACAGCUGUUAGAGGAACAGUCGCCUCUUUUUUCAUCGUUUCUAUGGAAACUCGUCUCUUCUGUCCGAUGAGGUUUUUUCUCUGGAAGAAGCUCCGAAGAGUGAAAUCUUUUAUAAUGAAUGAGGUUCAGCUUCACUCUGACUAAAUAUGAAUUCAUGUUUGGUCUGUAACUUUAGAACAGUGAAAACUAAAGACUGUUUGUGGGUUCGUCCAAUCAGAAAGCAGGGUUUUCCUUUAAAGAUUGUGUAACCUGUUGAGUUUGUUGAUAUGAAUUUGUAUUAAAUGGUUCUGAAAUAAAAACAGCUGUUCCUUCG